AUUUGCGAUGUAUUUAUAAGUAUUUUGUUAUUGUCUGUUAGAUGUUGGGUUAUGUUGUGUGUUAUGUUAUGUCCCUCCAAAACUCUUCGUCCAGCUCAAGAGCCACCACCACCCAACAAACACACAACACAACACCACAAAACCAGAAUUAAAUUCACAAACACACAACUCAGAUAGCCCCAUUUCUAGUUUUUUCUAUAACCUUUCCUCACUUUUGCUUCUUCAAUUCUUAAUCUUUAGUUUCUUCUUUGAAAAAUGGAUUGCUGGACUUCAUCUCUUAGCGUUGAUGAUGAGUUUAAGAAGCUUGUGCUUCGAAUGAACCCUCCAAGAGUCGCUGUUGAUAACACCUCAAGCAGGAAGACUACUUUGAUAAAGGUUGAUAGUGCAAAUAAGCGUGGAAGUUUGUUAGAGGUUGUUCAGGUUUUGAAUGAUAUGGAUCUCAUAAUUCGUCGAGCUUACAUUGCUUCAGAUGGGGAGUGGUUCAUGGAUGUGUUUCAUGUUACAGAUCAGCAUGGGAACAAGCUCUCUGAGGAUGAUGUGGCCGAAAGAAUUCAACAGUCACUGGGACCAAGGGCUCGAAGCUUCCGAUCCUUGAGAAGGUCUGUGGGUGUUCAGGCUGCCCCAGAACACACGACCAUUGAACUGACAGGAAGAGAUCGACCAGGGUUGCUUUCAGAGGUUUUUGCUGUUCUUGCUGACCUCAAAUGUAAUGUGGUAGCUGCAGAAGUCUGGACCCAUAAUUCUAGAAUGGCAUCAGUGGUUUAUAUUACUAGUGAAGCUACUGGAUUGCCAAUUGACGAUCCUGAUACACUUGCUAAGAUCAAACAGCUUCUUUUAUAUGUUCUCAAAGGAGAUAGAGAUAAGCGGAGUGCCAACACUGCUGUUUCUGUGGGUUCCACUCAUAAGGAAAGGAGGCUGCAUCAAAUGAUGUAUGCUGACCGUGAUUAUGAUAUGAAUGAUACAGUUGGCUCAGCAAGUGAGCGAUGCAAACCUCUUGUAACUGUAGAAAAUGUUUCAGAUAAGGGAUAUACUGUUGUGAACUUGAGGUGCCCAGACCGCCCUAAGCUACUGUUUGAUUCAGUGUGCACAUUGACAGAUAUGCAAUAUGUGGUAUACCAUGCAACCGUUAUAGCUGAAGGACCAGAGGCUUACCAGGAAUAUUAUAUCAGACAUGUGGAUGGGAACCCUAUUAGUUCUGAAGCAGAGAGACAAAGGGUAGUAAAUUGCUUGGAGGCUGCAAUCAAGAGGCGAGCUUCUGAGGGUAUAAGUCUAGAACUUUGUUGUGAAGACAGAGUUGGCCUUCUGUCUGAUGUUACUCGCAUAUUUAGAGAAAACGGUCUUUCAGUCACCCGAGCUGAGGUUACUACCAGGGGUUCCCAAGCUGUGAAUGUUUUCUAUGUGAUUGAUACAUCAGGAAAUCCCGUGAAGAGUGAAACAAUUGAAGCAGUUCGUCAAGAGAUUGGCCAGACUAUACUUCGUGUGAAGGAUGAAGCUUACUCAAAAUCUCCACCCCAGGAGAGUGGAAGAUUCUCUCUGGGUAAUCUCUUCAGAAGCAGGUCAGAGAAGUUCCUCUAUAACUUGGGUUUGAUAAAGUCAUGUUCAGGAGUAGUUCACUAGGUAACUAGACGUUGCCAGAGCCCGUAUAUGUUGGUUUAGUUUGCUUUAGUCAUAGAAUGUGCUUCAGAACCACAUUGCAAAACAUUUAGGUUAGUCCCUUGACAAUCUUCGGUUCAGUCAGGUCACAAACUUGUUGCAACUUUGUAAAGGCUCCUGUAAAUACAUUUCGCAUUUGCUUUUCUUUUGUCUUGAAAGAUAUUGUAAAUA